UCGUCUUUAUAAUCCUAGAAAUUGUUUGAUAUUUACAUUCCCUUGUACAUGGUAAGCAACAAUUUAUUACAUAAUUAGAAUUAACUUGGCUCUUUCUUGGCGGCUAUCACUGUAAUGUAGGAUAAAUACACGGAAUCCGCCUGAAAACUACUUAGAAAAGUUACACAGAUAAAUUGUUGUCCCCUAAAAGCCAAAAAGAUUUAAAUAAAAAAGCUACCUUGAGUGAGGUAAAUUUAAAAUCUUUGCAUAACUCAAAUAAGCUCUGUGUGAAUAUUUCUAUUUUCCUCGAGCAUACUCCAAUCCAAUGGCUAAUAGCAGAGCAUCUCUUGCCAUGGAGAGAACUGGGCAGUGGGUUUUUCCUCGAGAAAUUCCUACUGAUGUUAUUGUUGAAGUAGGGGAAGCCAAUUUCUCUCUUCACAAGUUCAUGCUUAUAGCAAAGAGCAAUUACAUAAGAAAACUUAUUAUUGAAUCAAAAGAAGCUGAUUUGGCAAGAAUAAACCUCUCAAACAUCCCUGGAGGACCUGAAAUUUUCGAAAAAGCUGCAAGAUUCUGUUAUGGAGUGAAUUUUGAUAUCACAGUACUCAACGUGGCAGCCCUCAGAUGUGCUGCUGAGUAUCUACAGAUGACUGAUUUAUAUUGUGAGAAUAAUCUUUGUAGUCGGACCGAGGAUUUCCUCUCUCAAGUGCCGUUAAGCAGUCUUUCGGGUGCCUUGGUCGUCCUGAAAUCGUGUGAAGAUCUACUUCCCAUGGCUGAAGACCUCAAAAUUGUACAAAGAUGUGUCGAUGUCGCAAGUGCUAAGGCUUGCGUUGAGGCGAAUUUUCCAAGCCGUUCACCACCUAACUGGUGGACCGAAGAGCUAACAAUCUUGGACGUAAGCUUCUUUGAAAAGAUCAUUACGUCGAUGAAAUCAGGAGGCGCAAAGGCCUUGACAAUAGCUAGUGCUAUAAUCACAUAUGCUGAGAGAUCACUUCGUGAUCUUGUGCGUGACCACUCUGGAAAUGGAAUAAAAUCAUUAGAUUCUGGGGAAUCUGAUAUCAGAAUCCAACAACGAGACCUUCUACAGUCUAUAGUCGCUCUUAUGCCCCCCGAAAAGGCUGCCUUCCCCAUAAACUUCCUCUGUCGUCUCCUGAGGACAGGUAUUUUCUUGAGGGCAGCAAAUAUUUGCAAGAACGAGCUAGAAAAGAGAAUUUCAGUGAUUUUAGAGCACGCAACCGUGGAUGAUCUUCUGGUUUUAUCGUUCUCCUAUGAUGGUGAGCGGCAGUUUGAUCAUGAAAGCAUAAGAAGGAUCAUAUCGGGAUUUGUGGAGAAAGAAAAGAAUGUGUCUGUCUUCAAUGGAGGCGAUUUCAAAGAAGCGUCUUCCACAGCUAUGCAG